AUGGACAUGGACAGGUUCAAUCAUAGCGGAGCAACAAGGAGAAAGAGACGAACCAUGAAUUUCGGAAGAGUUAUGAGGGGUCGUUAUGCGAAGUCUUCCAUCUGCAUCAUGGCGAUGAAAUCCGUUGGAUUGUUGAGCAAGGGUACAUUUGGCCGCAUGUCACUUCUGAAGUUUUCGUUAAAGCCGGCAGCAACUACGACAGUCCCGACAAGCACACCAGAAAACCCCAAUGCUAACUACAAAUAUGUUGGAAUGCCUGCCGAAAGCGAUGGGUCAUUUGCCGGAGAUCUCAAUUUUGGACUACACACUGUGUUUUUCACCGAGCUUUUUAGAGGUUUCGGCGUCAUGUUGGGGCAUGUCUUCAUGGAACCAGCCACCAUAAACUAUCCUUUCGAGAAAGGUCCAAUCAGUUCUCGCUUUAGAGGGGAGCAUGCUUUACGUCGUUACCCAUCGGGAGAAGAGCGGUGUAUAGCCUGUAAGCUUUGUGAAGCUAUAUGUCCAGCACAGGCAAUCACUAUCGAAGCAGAGGCACGACCUGACGGAAGUCGGCGCACUACGCGCUACGAUAUCGACAUGAAUAAGUGCAUCUUCUGUGGUCUUUGUCAAGAAGCAUGUCCAGUAGAUGCCAUCGUCGAAGGGCCCAACUUCGAAUUUUCGACGGAAACUCACGAAGAGUUGAUUUAUAACAAGGAAAAGCUGUUAACUCUUGGUGAUCGAUGGGAACCUGAGUUGGCUGCCAAUAUCCAAGCCGAGUUUUUAUACCGAUAAACUAGCUAGCGAGCGAAACUAGUUGUAUACACAUAGUAUUUGUUGUUGUAUUAUACAGUACAUUGUUAUUAGUUAUUAGCACCGGUGCGGUUUAAACAAGUUUCAGAAUGUAGCUUUGAUAAAUCCAUAUAGCCAGU